UCUCUCUUUACGGAAGUGUAAUGUCUGUUUGUGACUCUGCUAAGGUAACAUCCCUGUCUGUUCUGUCAUCCCAUUGGCCCCAUCAGGUGCGUCCCCAGCUGUAACUAGGUCUAAUGUCAAAGUUUGGAGCUGCUCCAGUUCCCCUACAGGAUGAACCCCUCCCUUCAGCAACACAUUUAUUGUGUGAGACAUUGUAAGUACAUUAGCCUAAUCCCUCCUAUCUGUCUUGCAGCUCUCCAGGCAUUUCACUUGGCUUCAUGGAGGUGCAGAGCUGAAGACUCCAUGUGCAGAUAUUCUCCAUCUGACCUCAUAAAAGUAAUGUCAGACGUCUAGUAAUUUGGAGGACUUUUUGAGAGCGAUGUUGAGAUACAGCGUGCAUAUGUGGAUGUUAUGGAUGCUUUAUGCAGGCACUUUGUGCAGUGAGGACGUCCACGGAUGUGAACAGCAGCCGUGCCAAAACGGUGGAAUAUGUGAAGUCCUCAACGGGCGAUUCAGAUGCCGCUGCUCCGAGCACAGCCAAAACGGACGCCUCUACGGGGGGGAGACCUGCACGGUAGCACUGUCAGGCUGUGACGACAACCAGUGUGAGAAUGGAGGAGUGUGCUCUCCCUUAAUGGUGGACGAACAGCAGACGUACACCUGCAUCUGCCCUGCUGGCUACACAGGCCCCACAUGCCAGAUGUCCACCGUCUUCUCAUUUGAGUCCAGAGGCUACAUGUAUUUGGAGACGCAGCUUCUGGACCCGGAGGCCCCUCUUAACGUCACAUUCAGCUUCAGGACAGGAAGACCGGUGGGCACCCUGUUGCAGCGCAGAGUGGGCGAGCUGCUCCUCAGCAUCGAGCUGACGGACGGGCGCCUCGGCCUGCGCAGCCUGAGGGGUCAGGGCUCGAGCACCCUCGUUCAGGAGCUCCCGGAGCUCCUGUCUAACAGCACGUGGCACACAGUGGAGGCCUCACUGGGCGGCGUGGUGAGCCUCAUCAGGCUGCUCUGCACCGAAGGAAGCUGCUCCAGAGACUCCAGCGCUAAGGUUUCGCUGCUUGACCAGGCCUCCGCUCUCCCGGAUCUAGAAACAGCUCGUCAAAGCCUCUUCCUAGGAGCAGUUGGAGGAAACUGGACUUUAGGCAGAACCAGGCAGGACGCGGACUACCCACCUGCUUUUUUGGGCUGCUUCCGAGACGUGUUCGUGGACUCACGCCUGGUGCUGCCCGGUGCGGCGCCAGGAGAUUCAGACGCGCAGGCGAACGUCACCGUGGGCUGCAGCGACAGAGACAAGUGCGAGAAAAACCCGUGUCAGAACCGAGGGCGCUGCGUGAGCCGGGCCUGGAGGAGCUACACGUGUGAGUGCCACAGGCCGUACGAGGGACUGGACUGUGCCGAGGAGUACAUUACUGCAAGGUUUGGACACAGCAACCUGGAGAGUUACGCCGUCUUCUCACUAGACGAUGACCUGGGUGACGCGGUCACAGUGUCCGCGUUCGUCCGCACCAGGCAGUCCAGCGGGCUGCUUCUCAUCCUGGCCAACGGCACGAGCCAGUACCUCCGCUUGUGGCUGGAAGACGGAAGGGUCCGAGUCCAGGUGAACAACUUUGAGACGUUCGCCGGCCAGGAAGCGGUCAGCGACGGCCACGUCCAUCUGGUCAGUGUGAAGCUGGAAGGGGGAGAAGCUCGCCUGUUCCAGUCGGCCCGGAGCCAGGGCUCCAUGGCCAUCAGGCACAUCCAAGCCCAUCCUGGGGAUCUGCUUUUCGUAGGGGGGCUACCGGACCCCAGAGCCUCUGCUUCGUUCGGAGGCUAUUUUAAAGGAUGCGUCCAAGAUCUGAGAAUUAACAGCAAACGCCUGCAGUUCUACCCUAUAGCGGCUCCAGUGGAGUCUUACGACGUGGAGCAUCUCGUCGGUGUUGCUGAAGGAUGCAUCAGUGACAACGCGUGCGCUGUCAACCCCUGUCUCAACGGGGGCGUGUGUUACUCCAUGUGGGACAACUUCACCUGCAACUGCCCCCCCAACACCGCGGGCCAACGCUGUGAGGAGGUAAAAUGGUGUGAGCUGUCUCCCUGCCCCGCCACCGCCAUUUGUCAGGCGCACUCGCAAGGCUUCGAGUGUUUGUCUAAUGUGACGUUCCGGGAUAGAAGCAGCGCUGUGCACUACCAGAGCAACGGAAACGUGACGCGCGUCCUCAGCGGCGUCUCACUCAGGUUCCGCACAAGAGACUCCGCCGCCACCUUACUGCACGCACGCAAGGGCGCAGACGGCCUCACAGUCGCUGUCCUGGACUCACACUUGGUCUUGGAGCUUCCUGCUGGGCACCACCAAGAUGCCCCCAAGGUGACGGCCCGAAGCCAGCAUCCAGUGGGCGAUGGACAGUGGCACACGGUGGAGCUCGGCGUGGAGAACCGGACCCCCCCCAACUCCAGGUGGAUCAUGUCUGUGGAUGGAAGCAAGACGGACGUGAACACAGCUGUUAAGGACCUAGAUUUCCUCAAAGAGGGAGCAGACAUCUUCCUCGGAGGGCUGAGCCUGGACACUGGGGUUGAGCUGUCUGGCUGUUUAGGGCCUGUGGAGAUUGGAGGUCUUCUUCUUCCGUAUUAUCUGGACACAGACCUGAAGUUCCCCAGACCCCAGGAGGAGCAGUUUGUCCGGGUGAACGGCGACGCCGCCCUGCAGCUCGGCUGCGUCGGAGCCGGCGUGUGCGCGCCCAAUCCCUGUCGGCACGGCGGCGUGUGCCGGGACCUGUUUGACGCGCACCGCUGCGCGUGUCCCUCUCAGUGGACGGGGCCCGCGUGCGAGGACCCCACCGACGCCUGCCUGUCCGUCCCCUGCGACUUCGGCAACUGCACCAACCUGCCCGGGGGGUUCCGGUGCUCGUGUGAGCCGGGCUACGGCGGCGACCAGUGCGAGGUGGAAGUGGACCCGUGCGAGAACAGCAACUGCAGCAACGGAGCCACGUGCCUCAAAGGCUUCCUGAGCUACACGUGUCUGUGCCCUCAGAACCUGACAGGCCAUUACUGCGAUGAGAAAAUCCCUGAUAUUCCGUGGUACAUUGAGACCAGUCCACUUCCACAGUUCCCUGUGUCUUCGUGUAUGGGCACAAGAUGGAACUACAGCUGCUUUAAUGGAGGGAACUGCUCAGAAGCAGAUUACAACUGUUACUGCCUGCCGGGUUUCACAGGACAGUGGUGUGAGAAGGACGUGGACGAGUGUCUUUCAGACCCGUGUAUGAACGGAGGCUUCUGUGUCAACUACGUCAACAGCUUCGAGUGCGUGUGUGACAUGAACUACUCGGGCGUCCACUGCCAAAUAGACGUCAGCGACUUCUACCUGUACCUCUUCCUGGGCCUGUGGCAGAACCUCUUCCAGCUGGUGUCCUACCUUGUGAUCCGCCUCGAUGACGAGCCAGAGGUGGAGUGGGGCUUCCAAGCGAACGAUUAGAUGCCGCCUCAGCAAGUGGGAGGGAUGCUUUUUGUGGCCUCCUAUGACUAGCCAUACUAUAGGUCUACAGUAUGUGUGACAGGAGAGCUGUACAGGGGAACAGGUAAUCACCAUACAUUUAAACAUUCUUCACACAUUCUGAAUGUGUGCGUUAUAAAAACCAACACUAACUCAUCAGAUUUAGCCAAAUGACUCAUCUGCUAUCCAUAUGGUGCCACUAAUUAGUUAUUCAAUUCUUAUACUGACAAAGUUCAAGUGCCUUAAAACAUCUACUUCUCCCCAUGAGCCACUGUGUAAUUAAUGUACAGCUCUUUGGGGACUCACUCACAAACAGUAUUUUUGUGCAGGACAAUCAUAAAUAUAGGUCUAGAGCUGUGAGUGUUUUUUUUAAUAACUUAUAAGACCUAAACAUUAAUUGCUCAGAUGGUGUUUUGCAUGCAGUGCUUGCAAGUCCUCAUGUACCAUGACAACAUACA